GGUCAUUCGCAGGUAACUGGCAUCCCUAUCUCUACAUACAGAGUUUGACAAUAGGCAACAUCGUUUUUCCACCGAUCGAUGGGGGUCAGUUUGACAACGUCAAAAUCGCUUAAAAUGUCAUCAACAAACAAUAGUAGCAGUAAACAAUAGAAAACAAUGAACACUUUAACUGAUGUGAUGUAAACUAAAAUGCUCCGCGUUCGUAUUUGGAAUUAAUUGCGUUCAUUUUGUUACAAGCAAAGUUGUUAUGUUGGCUACGAAAAUAUGACGUCACGUCACCCUCUUGGUCAUUCGCCUUUACCCAGUUUUAAAGUUACUGGUAACAAAACAAACAAUGAUGAAUAAGGUAACAUGGACGAAAGCGUACAAAAUCGAAGAACAGUCAAUCAAACAAGAAACAGAGGGGUCACACCAAACUGUGCUUCCCGAGAAAAUUGUGCCUAAAUACAUGACUCUAGGAGAUUCGUUUGAUGUCGAAAGUAGCUUCCAAGUAAUCCAAAAGCUACAAAAUGAACAGCCCAACAACUGUAGAAAACAAAGUUCACCUCCCAAGCCAAAGUUCUCGUGCGACUUGUGUGGCAAGCAAGUGUUGACAAGACAAGCCCUUAAAAAUCAUGCUUUCGUUCAUUCCGGCGAACGACCUUAUAAAUGCGAUCAGUGUGGCAAAGCUUUUAAUCGCAAGGGAAAUUUGCAACGCCAUGCGAUUCUACACUCUGACGACCUGCCGUUCAAAUGUGAUGUUUGCGGUAAAACAUUCGCCGAAGGUACCGCAUUGAAGUAUCAUGCUCGCCGUCAUACCAACGAGCAGUUGCACAAGUGUGAGGUCUGUGACAAAGUGUUUAGCCUAAAUGCUGAUUUUAUGGUACACUUGGCCUUCCAUCAGGGUCGAAGUACGUACAGUUGUGAUGUUUGUGGCAAAGGUUUUGUAAGAAGGACUGACCUGGAAAAGCACAACCGAAGACAUACUGGUGAACGACCUUUCAAAUGCAGUGUGUGUGGCCGAGAUUUCAUCGAAAGAGGUCAUUUGACAAAGCACAUGCACACUCAUACCGGUGAUCAACCGCACGGGUGUGAUAUAUGUGGCAAAAGAUUCAGCGAAAAAGUGCAGCUCAAUUUCCACCAGGCUACCCACACUGGCAAUCAGAACUACGAAUGUAGUAUAUGUGAUCUAAAAUUCACCCAUCGCAAUUUACUCGCUAAGCACUUGUAUGGUCACACGGGUGAUCCGUAUCAUGAGUGCGAAAUCUGUGGAAAAAUAUUUCAGCGACCAGCUCGACUUCGGGACCACAUGAACGUGCACACAGGCAAGCGACCCUACAAGUGCGACAUCUGUGGCAAAGGCUAUCACUCCAGCAAUCAUAGGGCGGCCCACAGAAUUAUUCAUUUCAACCAUCGGUGUUACAUUUGUGGUGAAAAAUUUAACAUACCGGAAGAACUCGCCAACCACAAGCGAAUCGUGCAUAAAGGUGAACAACCGAUCGAGUGCAACUUGUGUGGUGUUCGCUUUGGGUACAAAUCAGAGCUUGAUCAUCAUCUCCGCAGGCAUACCGGCGAGCGACCGUACAAAUGUGACAGAUGUGGGAAGGCAUACCCUCGCAGAGCGGACCUGAAUCGGCAUUCAAGGAUGCACGAAGCGAUGGAAACAUCGGUGAGCAAGGAUUACCGACGAUAAAUUUACCAAUGAUCAGGUGGUCCAGCUACCAACAGAGGGGCAGGAUGGCGGCUAUUUAAUAAAAACAGACGAUGAUCGUUCGGUUGCUAUCAAAGACGAGCCACUUGCACAUCGCGUCGAUUUGCAAUAGAGAACAAAAGCUUUAGUUUUAUUUUUACAGGAAAAUAAAUUAAAUUUCUAUAUUAA